ACGGUCUUUGGCUGGAGUGUUAUUUUGUUUUCGGGUUUGUUUGUCGUCAUCGUUAUCGAAUAGUCACGCGUGUUUAACGGAUCAGGAUACGUUAUGGAAUCCUGAUAAUAUAUGUGAAUAUUCUCGUCCGAAGACAGCAAGUGGUUCUUAAUCGCAAGAAGAGACUUCUAUGAGACGCCGUCAUGGAUGGAAAAGUGUACAACGAGAAAGUAAAGAAUCCCCGAGCGGGCGCCAACAUCUUCAGCAUCUUGACGUUCUCUUGGAUCCUACGCAUUUUCUGGGUGGGUUACCGCCGAGAUCUUGAAGUAACUGAUUUGUACACACCGCUUAAAGAACAUACAAGUGGUAUUCUUGGUGUUAAAAUAGCGAAGGCCUGGGAGGAAGAAUGCGAGGCAUAUCAGCGUCGGCUGGAGCAGAUCGCGAAGAGCGGGUCACAGAAGAAGGUCAAGGAGCCCAGCUUGAUGAGAGUCCUCAUCAGAUGUUUUGGUUUGACGACUUUACUGUAUGGCCUUUUUAUGGCCGUUAUGGAGAUCUUACUCAGAGUGAUGCAACCGUUGUUGGUGGGCCAAAUGCUACUCUACUUUAACACCAUGGACAUCGACAAGUCCUAUGCGUAUGGAUGCGCCGUCGGUGUCAUUUUAUGCUCCGCUCUCAAUGUGUUUGUCAUACAUCCGUACAUGAUGGGUAUCUUACAUAUGGGCAUGAAAGUCCGCGUGGCCUGCUGCUCGUUGAUUUACCGCAAGACAUUAAAAAUGACUAGAACCGCACUGGGUGAGACGACAAUCGGCCAGGCAGUAAAUUUGUUGUCCAAUGACGUCAAUAGAUUUGACGUCAGUAUUAUAUUUCUCCAUUAUCUAUGGCUCGGACCCUUGGAAACCAUCAUCAUCACAUACGUCAUGUACCAUGUACUCGAUGUGGGAGUGUCAUCUAUUAUCGGUGUUGCUUCUCUGCUGAUGUUCAUCCCUUUACAAGCAUGGCUGGGCAAGAAGUCAUCGGAGCUGAGAUUAAGGACCGCCAUUAGGACUGACGAGAGAGUGCGAUUAACAAAUGAAAUUAUCAGCGGAAUUCAAGCAAUCAAGAUGUAUACUUGGGAGAAUCCAUUCAGCGCGCUCAUAGAAAAAGCAAGGAAGUACAACCAUGAUGGAAGGGACAACAUGAUAUGUGCAAUUGAGCAUAAUGUCGGCACGGGCAAGAGCAGUUUAUUGAACGUCAUUCUGAAAGAAUUACGUUUGCAAGAAGGUUCCAUUCAAGUUAAUGGAAAGAUUGCCUAUGCCAGUCAAGAACCGUGGCUUUUUGCAGGUUCGGUGAGACAAAAUAUUCUAUUCGGAAGAAAGAUGGAUCAGGUUCGAUAUGAUCGCGUGACUAAAGUGUGUCAGUUAAAGAAGGAUUUCAGCCUGCUGCCUUAUGGUGAUAAGACAAUUGUAGGCGAGAGAGGUAUCAGUCUUUCCGGUGGUCAGCGUGCAAGAAUAAAUUUAGCGAGAGCUGUUUACGCUGAUGCCGAUAUAUUCCUCAUGGAUGAUCCUUUGAGCGCCGUGGAUGCCCAUGUGGGCAAACACAUGUUUGAUGAAUGCAUCGAUAAAUACUUACGAGGCAAGACUCGGAUUCUCGUCACUCAUCAAUUACAAUAUCUUCGCGACGUCGAUAGAAUUAUCGUUCUUAAGGACGGAACUAUUCAAGCUGAAGGCACUUAUGAUGAGCUGGGAUCUAUGGGAGUGGACUUUGGUCGAUUGUUGGAAAAUCAAACAAAAACGGAUGAGAAAUCUUCUCAUCCCUCCUCAGCUCCCGUUAGUCGUAGUAAUUCGCGCACUGCCAGUAUCUCAUCAUUAAGUUCUUUUAUGACGAAUGAUACUUCGAAACAGGAACCUGAUGAAGUGGCUGAGACGCGAACUGUAGGCACUGUUUCUGGCGAAGUAUAUACGAGUUACUUACGCGCUGGCGGGAAUUGGUGCGUUAUAGCCAUAGUGACUAUGCUUUGUAUAUUGACACAAUUAGCGGCUAGCGGCGGUGACUUUUUUCUCGCGCAAUGGGUUAAUAUAGAGGAACAUUAUAUGAACCAAACGGAUGAUGGUGUUGUAGAAGAUUCAAAAAGUCCCCUCACUCGCAUGCAGUGUAUCUACAUUUUCAGCGGCCUAACUGUGCUCACAAUCUGUAUUACUCUGAUUCGCUCAUGGGCUUUCUUCUGGACGUGUAUGCGAGCCUCAAUGCGUUUGCACGAUCGUAUGUUCCGCAGCAUCAGUCGCGCCACUAUGCGAUUCUUCAACACCAAUACAUCGGGACGUGUGCUCAAUCGUUUCUCGAAAGAUGUAGGAGCCGUUGACGAGAUGCUUCCAACUGCGCUUAUCGAUUGUCUUCAAAUCGGAUUAGCGCUGUUGGGCAUCAUCAUCGUGGUAGCUAUCGCGAACACGUGGCUGUUAAUACCCACAACGUUAGUCGGCAUUGUCUUUUAUUACUUGAGAAUCUUCUACCUGGCCACCAGUCGCAGUGUGAAACGUCUUGAAGGCAUCACCCGCUCGCCGGUUUUCGCUCAUCUGAGCGCGACUCUUCAAGGGUUACCAACAAUCCGCGCGUUUGGGGCGGAAGCGAUCCUCACGAAGGAGUUUGAUAAUCAUCAGGAUCUCCAUUCGUCCGCGUGGUACAUCUUCAUCGCGUCUUCGCGUGCUUUCGGUUUCUGGCUGGAUGUUUUCUGUGUGCUGUAUAUUAUGUUAGUCACACUGAGCUUUCUCGUGCUAGACAACUACAGUCGAGGUUCAAUGGAUGGCGGAUUUGUAGGCCUAGCGAUUACACAGAGUAUCGGUCUCACCGGCAUGUUCCAAUGGGGCAUGCGCCAGAGUGCCGAAUUGGAAAACCAGAUGACCUCGGUGGAGCGUAUUCUUGAAUAUAGCAAAGUGGAUAGUGAGCCUUCUCUCGAGAGUGCUCCUGAUAAAAAGCCUAAAUCCGAGUGGCCGCAGAAAGGCAAGAUCGAGUUCAAGAAUGUAUUCCUGCGCUACGCGCCGUUACAGCCUCCAGUGCUCAGAAAUCUCUGCUUUGUCGUUCUUCCUCAGGAGAAAAUCGGCAUCGUCGGUAGGACCGGCGCAGGCAAGUCAUCCUUGAUCCAAGCACUCUUCCGCCUGGCUGACAUGGAUGGUUUGAUUGAGAUUGACGCAAUCGACACGAGUCAGAUCGGCUUACAUGAUCUCCGUUGCAAGAUCAGCAUUAUUCCGCAGGAACCAUUCUUAUUCUCCGGCAGUCUGAGACGGAACCUCGAUCCGUUCGAUUUGUAUCCAGACGAACCUCUGUGGCGAGCCCUUGAGGAGGUCGAAUUGAAGGAAAUAGGCUUGGAGGCCCACAUCAAUGAGGGUGGCUCCAAUCUGAGCGUUGGUCAGCGGCAGUUAGUCUGCCUGGCGCGCGCUAUUGUAAGGAAUAAUCCGAUACUUGUGUUAGACGAAGCGACCGCGAAUGUGGAUCCGCGAACAGACGAACUCAUUCAAACAACUAUCAGGAAGAAAUUCGAGAAAUGUACGGUACUAACAAUUGCCCACCGACUCAACACCGUUAUGGACAGCGAUCGCAUACUAGUGAUGGACGCUGGCAAUGCUGUAGAAUUCGAUCAUCCCCACAUGUUGCUGCAGAAGGAGUCGGGCUACCUGAAGAGCAUGGUACAAGAAACCGGCACGGCGAUGGCGGAGGCUCUGGCCGGCGUCGCCCGCAACUGUUAUCAGAAUCGCGGAUUUAUGGCGUUUUGAUGCAUUCACGGUGUUAAGUAAUUUCUCGUAAUUGUGUCUAACAUAAUCGUAA